ACUGAUUUGUGUUACUAAUGGCGUCGUGUAACUGGAAAAUAACUUAGUCAUUUAUAUAUUGCAGAAAAUAGCCAAUAAAGUAGAAAUGACACAUGAUGAAAGUGAUGAUGAAGAUAAAGAUGGUGAAAACAUUCAUCUAUCUUUAAAAAAGUUAAAAAUUGACCCUGAUUGGGACAGUUCAAGUAUUUCUGAACACUCACAAUGUGUAGAUAUUCAUAGAAUAUGGUUGGGGGAGACCUCUAACAACUGUAAGCCAUCUCCCAAACGUCCAAAACAUCGAGUAUCGCCAAGCCGUAGGACAGAACCUUAUCCUGCUGAUUGUGUGGUGUCAUUUGAACGCCUGUGUUUGCGCAAAGAAAAAUGCAAUAAAAAAUGGUGCCUAUGUAAAUAUGAUAAAAGCAAAUUGGUCUCUACCACCUUUGAUCAGAAAUUGAAUUAUGCUGUUGCUGUCGGUAGUCAGCGUAAAUUGAUUCAUGAUGCUAGAUUAAAACUUCACCAUGCACAGAAAGAUCACCGACAAAUUAUUCGAGCAGCUAAACUUCAAUUAAAUGAGGCCAAGAAGAUCAAAGCAAAUAGGGAACAUAGUAAAAAGGUCAGAGACAAGUCCAUGUUAAAGAGCUCUUACCCCAGAACAAUUUUCGGAUCUUCGUCCAAAAUGGUUGCUAAAAAUUUUUCAAAUGUGGAUAGUGUCAAUAAAUUAGCAUGUGAUAGUGAACUGCCUGAUAAACACGAGUUCAAAGGCUAUAGAGCAGGUACAUCAGGCUUUUGUUUUACAUCCAAAGAUGGUGCAAACACAUCAAAUAAACCAGGAUCUUCUUCCACGGAUACUUCACCGAAUAAAGUUGAGAAAAGUUGUUCUCAAGAAGCAAGUAUAGAUGAUUUAAGUGUUGACGAACUGGCAGGAUAUUUUGAUGAUUUUGUUCACAUCCCUAAAAAGAUGUCUGUUAUGGCUGAGAUGAUGUAUACUUAGAUAUGUUGUGCUAAAUUUUGACAUUAUACAUUUUGAUAAUCUUAUUUUAAAGUAUAAAGUGUAGUAACGAUGUCCUAACUAUCAUAUUGAGUUUUGGACUACACAGCAACUCAACCAUUGCAAAACGAAAAUUUGAAAUUAAACUCGAAGUUUGAAACUAAUUUCAUCCAAGCCAUAUGCAAGUUACUCAUAAUAAGUCUUCACUCUUAUAUAGCUUGGAAUUUCCAUAAAGUCUGUUCUCAGAGGAAAAUUUGUCAAAUAUUUUUUUCUUUUAUCGAAAAAGAAAUAAAUAAAUCGAAUAGUGUAAAAUAUGAUUUUAAUUUUGUUUAUGUUUAUUUAGUUAGGGCUGCAUAUUUUAAAACCCCAGAAAAAUUUGAAAAUAAUAAAUUUAAAUUUGUGCAUGUUAUCCUGAAAAUUUUUUUUUUAUAAAUUGAUGAAUUAGACCGUAGUUUCACAAUAGAAAGCAAUAAUAUGUCCUAUGAGUUAGUUUAGUUCAGUCAGUAAUGACAAACUAUAUUUUCUUAAAAUAUAUAUUUCUUAGAUACAAUAUACUGUAUUGUUUAUAGUAUGUUGUAUACAUGUAUGUAGCUCUCUACAAGGAUUAAAAACAGUGAAAGAUAGUAGUCAACAAAUACAAAAUAAAAAAAUGCCCUUUUUUAGUAUAAUUUUACACAAAUGAUUCCCAGAAUCGCAUACAUGUAUGAUAUCAACAAAUAGAUGAUAAUACUAAUAAAUUACAAAUUUCCAUCAUGUCAUAUGAUGUGGUUUCAAUCCUAUACUUGUGUUUGACAAGGAACAGUGUCAUCUGCCUAAUCAUUGGGUUUUCACGGUGAUCCUCCCACUGCUAAAACAGCCUCUGUGCAAACAAAUCACUGAAAUAUAGAUCUACAAUGUUACAGUUGGUCUCAAGAUGACCUUGAAUUCUCUCUCACAGACUCUCAUACUCACUAAUAUUUGGAAAGGAUGUCAUAUUCACAAAACCUAUCGAAUACCCAAUUAUGUUGACCUCUGUAAUGAUAACUUUAUGUAUUUUUAACAGUUAAAUAUUAAUCUGAACGUCUCCGGUAAGUUUUGGACAUUUAGACUUUAGUGUGUGAUUAAACUACAUUUGGGUUUCUCUAUAUUAAUUGUAAUUGUAUUGUUCUGUAUGGAAUAUACUCUUGAUUUUGUUGCGUGUAUUUAUACCAUAUUUAUGAUUUUAUUAAUCCUUGUGCACUUGUAACAAGUAUAAACUGAUUUCUGUAUGAAUGAGUUAAUUUAUUUAAAAUUCUCAGUAUUUUUUGAGAUAACCAAUUAAUGCAUUUUUGUUUUCGUAUUUUAUUUGAGAUAAGAUAAAAUACCAUAGAGUUAUAGUUAUAAUAGUAGAUAUGUGUUUCUUUGUAAAAUUGGAAAUUAAACCAAUUACCAUACUUUGGGGCUUACCAAUUUAUUGAGAACCUGUUCUCAAGUGAUGACAUGACCUGAUCUGCUACUAAAGGACCCCAUUGGAAAUAAACCAGUGUACAUUGUGUAAUUUUUGCUGGUUUUCAUGGGUUAUCCUUAAGAAGCAGAUUAUUCAUGACAUAUCAUAAAUCAAGCAUUUUGUAUUUUUGUCAUGAAUGUAUCUGUUUCUUAGAAUAUAAAUAAAUAAAAAAAAUGAAAAUCAAACAUGAAAGCCCUUUGGAUUGAACUAAUACUUAGUGAUAAUUUUCUUCUUUGAAAUUAUUUGAUGAUGUUUUCUGAAAAAGAUAGUUCGCAAUAUUAAGUUAUCAUAUUGAAAAAUAAUUGUUUGUAAAUGGUGUUAAUUCCCUUGGUAUUUUUUAAAUACAUUUCUUCACAUUAGUCAUUAGAAAUGAUAUCUAAAAAAAUAUAUACUAUUACUUCUUGUGUUUGGAUCGGAUAUGUAUGUGUAAUAUUUGAAAGAUUUUUGUCUCUAUGAUAUUAUUGUUUUAUUAUAAUUAUACUGAAUAAACCUUUCAG